AUGGACAUUCUGGCGCAGGGCCGGAAACGAGAGUUGUUUCGGUGCAGGAGGGAAACCUAUAGAAUCGCGGAGCGUAAGGUGGUGGUCGCGGCGUGUUCAGUGUGUGUGCAUCUUCUCUCGAGUUGGCUCGAUUCGAUCGUGAACGCGGUGGAGGAGAUCAAGGACCAGUCUCUCGCCUUGCGCGAUGCUCCCCGGGCAGUGCAACUGCAGUGCAUCAACUCUCUGCAGCCCUCCGUCCGUUACUCGAUCUCGUCCGGUUUACCACGCGUUCCCCAAACGCGACUGCCGCUGAUGAGACAGGCUGACGCCUCACCCGUGCCCGCGCCGAUGCAGACCAUCGCUGACGGUCUCCUACACUCUUGUUUAUCGACCGUUCUUCAUUGGACAUCGCGCGGCUCCUCUGCGCUUGCGGCCCCCUGCUCCCAGGUCGAUCCCUGA